CAUCCUCCAAAGUUCUGCCCAACCAGGAAGUUAGAAGCCGACGGUGUCAGAGAGGACUGAAGAGAGGUUACUAAAAGGCACCAUGGACAGCCAGGAGGUGGGAGCCAUGCUAGAGGAGUGUCACAGGGCUGUGUCUGCAGCAGGUCUGGUGGUAGUGGAGCCCACAGAGGAAGCCAAGCUCAACUUCCAAAGAUACAGAGAGUCUCUGUCAGUUGAACUGAGCAUGCUCCUGCAGGAGGCAGUGGCGAUGAGGUGGCCCUUUGUACCAGAGAAGUGGCAGUACAAGCAGUCAGUCACUUCCCAGGACAAAGUCAACUUGAAGGACUUCAUUAGUCUGCAUCUACCACAGCUACUGGCUCUGCUGAAGGCGUCCAUCUUGGCCAGGGAACCCCAGUGGGCGGCAAGUGUGGUCUUCCUGAUGGAUCGGUUCCUGUAUUGGACAGAUGAGUCCAGCCGGCUGCUGAAGAUCACCAAGCUCCUCCACAGACAUUACCCAGGAACCCCCAUCGCCCCCCAGCUGGUCAUACGACAGGCCAGGGUCUAUCUCAAUGACGGUAAACUCCAGAAGGCAGAGUACAUACUGAGCAGUCUCAUCAACACUAGUGGAGCAACAGGUUGCUGGAUAUAUCAGUCUGACAGUGAUAGGACUCUUAUCCAGGCGGUCAGUGUGCAAGUGCGUGGACAGGUUCUACAGAAACUGGGACUGUGGCUGGAGGCUGCUGAGCUGAUCUGGACCUCCCUGGUCGGCUAUUACGCUCUUCCUCAACCCGAUAAAAAGGGCAUUGGAACGUCCCUUGGGAUUCUGGCCAACAUAUUGGUGUCUAUGAGUGAUGGAGACUUCCAUGCAUUUAAGACCAAUCCGGGCAUUGACUUGUGUUUCCUUGAGAACGAUGGCCACCGUCUCCUCUCAGCAGCGGAGGCAGCUAAAAUGGCGGUGGUGUACAGCCAGUAUGCCUCGCUGUACGUGUUAACCAACGUGGUCACCCAGGGCACCUGUCUGUUGUCCUACAGUUUCUCAGUAGAAUGCCCCCCCUCGGACAAACACUCCUUCCUCCUCCAGGCCAAGGAAGCCUUUGAGAUCGGCCUACUUACCAAAACAGGGGGGGAAAUGGUCACCAGCAAACAGGAGCUCCACACAUUCCUCAAGGCAGCCUACUCUCUGACUGUCAGUCACAAGUGGCUGGGCACCCCUCAGAAGACAGUGGACCAGGCCAGAUUGGUAUGCCGGGAGGCUUUGGAGAAGUUCUAUGCCUACUGCCAUGCAGACAGCCAACAGAGAGAUGCCCUUUGCACUGGAGUUAUGAGUCUGAUAACCCAAGUGAAGCUUCUAUUGCGGGUCAAUCCAUUCUUGAACUCAGACAAGGGGUCGUUCAUCCCAGAUAGCUAUAGAGAUGUGGUGGAAGAGCGAGCAGUGCGGUUCACUCUGGAUGGUUUCUCCCAGGUGAUGGGGAGGUUCAGACAGUACCACACCUCAGUGUGUGAGGCCUCUGAGGCAAGCUGUAGGAGGAAACAUGAAUGCCACCAGGCUGGACUCUGUAUAACAGCACUGGGGACCACGGCAACGGCCCCUAACACAGAGUGUGCCACUGAGAACCACAAGCCCCAAAAAGCCACACAUAAAGAAGAGUUACACAGAGACAAAGCACCCAAUGCCUCUUUUUUAGCUCCAAGGUUACCUCAGGAACAGGAGCUCUGUACAACUCUGGGUAGCACUGAAGAGCUACUCAGCAAUAGCUAUAAUAAAAUGUCUCUCAAAUCACUCAGUAGCAGCUUUGGGUCCUCAUUUGAAAAAGUGUCUUUGAACAGCACUGGGUCUCCCCUCAGCUGUAGUGGCAACAAAGAUGGCAGUGUUCCGGAUAAGGUAAACAUGGAGUAUCUGUGCGAUCCAAACUGUCUCACCGAGGUUAGUGAAGAUGGGUUGGAUAACGGGUCAGAAUCUAAAAGCAAGACCAGGAAAAGAGAUAUCAGAGCAAGUCUCAGUGCUCAGGCAGGAUCCAACUCUUCCACCCGGGUCACUUCCUCAUCAUCCAUCCACACCGGAAGUGAUGUUGAGCAGUUUGAAAUGAUUGACGAACAGAGUCUAAUAGAGACUGUGGAGACCGAGGAGGAGUGUCACAGGUAUGGUGCGUCAGUGUCGGUGAGACCUACAGGAGACGGAGUAGUGAUGCAUCCAGGGUACCAAGACAAGUCGAGGACUUCCUCCUUUAGCUCCAUUGGCGACAGCCUCGGCUCCCAGUCAUCAUGGCAGAAACUAUCCCUAUCUGACACAUCCCGUGAGGCAGCUGCAGUACCACAAAUACGUUCUGCAGCUGUAAAUGAACACCGAGGUCCCGCCGCCACGCAGAUAGUUCCAAACUUCAAUGUGGAUCAAGAAGCAGAAACGGAGGAAGACACUGGAUCCCCUUACCCCUUUGGGCCUAACAGUGCUGCAGCCUAUCACAGAAGACCUCCACAACUAGGAUCUGAGGGCCUCAUCCCGGAGCAGUGUCUCUCUACAGAGAUAGACAGCUCCUAUGAGAUGGUGGAGAAAGAGAUAGGACACAUAGCCAACAACACUGAACCCUGUGCUGGAGAGAAUCAGAUUCCCUCUUACCCAAACUCCUCAUGCUAUACCUGUCUAAAGCAUGGCAUCAUGGGUGGUCUAGUGCCUGAGAACCAGUACGUUUUGACAGAGGAGGACUACAUCGCCCUCCUGGCUGGGAUGUGUCAUGGCUGUAUGUUAAAGAGACUGCAGAGUGACAUGAAAUUCAAGCUUGGGAAACAGAAAAGUGCCUACAGUGCUCUCCUUCUGAAGUACUCCAGGGCCUCUGGACUGUGGACGUCCAGAGAGACCUAUGUGUACAUCGGAGAGCCAAUAGGGAAGCAAGGCCAGCAGAGAAUAGCAUUAUGGGUACAGUUUCUACACCAAGAGGAGAGGCUGAGUAGUUAUGUGGGGAAGGAGUACCUAGAACCUAAGGGCAUUCAGUUCCACCUGAGUGACGUGGAGAGGCAGAUGACGGCCCAGUACUACGUGACAGAGUUUAACAAGAGACUCUACAAGGAGAAAGUGACCGCUCAGAUCUUCUUCAUCCCUUCAGAAGUGCUACUGAUCUUGGAGGGGGAUGAGGUGGUGGACUGUGUGACAGUGGAGCCCUACAUGCUGGGGGACUUUGUGAAGCUCACCAACAACACUACUAAAGUGGACAAGCGGUUCAAGGCGUCAGAAUAUGGAAUCGCUUUCGGACAUUUCACCUACCAGUUCUCUGGAUGCCAAGAGGUUGUUGUCGACCUACAAGGGUGGGUAACCGCCAAUGGGAAGGGGCUGACGUACCUCACAGACCCCCAGAUCCACUCUCUCAGGACCCCUAAAGGUGCCACUAACUUCGCUGAGAGGGGGGUCAGUUAUUUCCUCAAGGACCAGCAUGGACCAGAAUGCAACAGUAUCUGUGACCUACUGUCACUGGGCAAACUGCAGUAACAUACGUCUUGAAAACAGUGAUGUCUACUUCGGAUCGAGAUGUGUGUGUUUGCUGGGGCUCCUUGACAACUCUCGAACAACAUAUUGUUUUGGCCUAAAGUAUGUGCAUUGCGAUCCCCUACUACAAUGCACAAUGCACAUUCUGACCUAUUAGACAUGGGCUGAUCCUGUGGUGAACACAGCAGUGUAGUGAAGCACAUUCGGUAGCAUGUGAUUUCAUUUCAAGAAGUGAGAAUUGCCUGCCCCGUUUACCAACCUCAACCAGUUCUGUUAAAAUCAGGCCGUACUGUAUUUUCGAUGUACUGCAAGUGUUUUUGUGACCCUUGAUACCACUUUCGGUUAUGUGUUUAUUACCUAAGGCCUGCGCUCUGUUGUAGCCGACAACGUUUUAUGAAAUUGACAUUGAUCUGUUUAAAUUGCUUUUGAAUUGAUUCAAUCCGAUCACAGAAAUGAAAGAUGAACCUGCCACUGUGUAUCCGUUCACCUGUCUCUAGACCAAACACUGGAUGGAUUGUAAGCUCGACUGAAUCGACCAAACAAGGAAGUAACAUGCAUCGGUCUGGUUAGAUUAGCCAGGAUAGCACCUGACACUCACCACAAAGAAAUGAGGCUCCAAAUGAUUUGUUCAUUCAAUGUUACUUGAUCACAUUUCGCUGAGUGAACCAGGGAUGUAUUCAUUAGGCACCAAAUGGAAGAACUGACUGAAACAGGGAGGGACUACUUAGAUUUGUCCGAUAAGAAAUGCUCGUUUUGUUUUACAACAUUUACAGUUGUGUACCCUAAUGGCUACAACUCGGACUGACUUACACAAUAUUCACUAGGCGUAAGUUCAGGCGCUCUAGUUAUUUGCAUCAGGUGACUUGCCCAACCCCCUGGAUCAUAUGACCGUGAUGUCACAGAUGUUGCUAAUAGUGCUUGUGACCUGUUUUAUUCCACUACAUGUUUUACUAGCUUCCUCCUUCAACGAUGGUUAUUUACACAAUCUUGUCCCCUCCCCUGAACUGCUGUACACAGGAAACAGACUACAGUACCUACAGUGGGGGGGGGGGG